AUGUUAGGGAAAUUGCAAAAUGAACGAUCGCCGGACGAACCAAAGUGCGAGUCCGUUGUGCGGGAAAUAACUCAAACCGAUCUCCUAAACAAAAAGCUGCUUGUAUCGGUUUUGGAACGAAUGAAGAAAUCAGACGGUCAAUUUGACGAGUUUAUGGAAAACGAGAAAACAAAUUGCGAGUCACAGGACGAUAGCGAGUUUUAGAAUACUCAGUAUUUAAACAUCAAGUCUGUAUAAGCGGUGCUUAAAUUUAAUCAAAUAUUUUAUACUAUUAUGGCCAAUGUUUCAAAUUAUGAAGGUGACGAUGAUAUUGUAGAACAAUAUGAAAAUCAAGAGUCUGAUGGCGAAUAUGGCAGUCUUGGAGAAGCAGGAGGAGAACCAUAUGAUAAUGAUGACGAAUUAGAAACUGCACAAAGAAUUGAUCCAUCAAAGUCUAAGACACAUGUAGUAAGAAAUCCUAUACCCAAACUUAAUACAGAAAGAUUAAAAGGACCGAAUGGCAUUCAAACUAUUGAAAAGUAUUUUGAAGGUUUCAAGUUCAAUGGCAAAGGAUAUGAAAAAACAGAUCUUGACAGAAUUAUGAAAAGAUUGGAACAUUGGUCCUAUCGAUUAUUUCCAAAGUAUCAUUUUGAUGAUUUUCUUACCAGAGUUGAGCAGCUUGGAACAAAAAAGGAUCUGCAGGUAUUUCUUAAGAAAUAUCGGUUGGAUAUGAUUACUUCGGACAAUGAUGUAAUCAUUCAAGAUGACACGGAUGAUGAAGGAGAGCAGCAGGAAAGCGCACCUAUGGAUGAUUUGGAUUUAUUGAUAACAGAACAAAUUCAAAAGCAAAAGCAAGCUGAAAUGGAAGUUUCUAUACCUGCUCCUAGCACUUCUAACGAUGAUGCAUUUGAUCAACUUUUAAUGCAAUCUAAUAACAUAUCAAAUUCACAAGAACAACAUACAACCAUUGCCAAGGAUGAAUUAAAUGAUGGGGUAAAAGAAAAAAUUGAAAGAAACAAGCAACUAGCUAUUCAAAGAAGACUUCAGAGGCAGAAAGAACGCGAAGAAGAAGCUAAGAGAUCAAGAUUGAUAGAAAAUACAAGUGUGGAAACUUUAAAUGAAAACAGUGAUUCUAUAUCUCAUGGUGAAACAAAUGCAUCUCAAAUAGAUUGUGCACAGUCACAAAUUGAUGAAAUUGAUGAAAAAGAAGCAAAUUUUGAUAAAACAGAGGAAAUAUUGAACGAAGAGCAAGUAACAAACCAUGUUUGAAUAAAAUAAAAUGUAUAGUAA